AUGGCAGACCCUUCAGGCCAGCUCAAUCUCCUCCGUGACCAACACGCCAGCUUGAAGAGUUUACAUGAGCGCAAGUCCAGCGAACUUCGGAAGCUACAGGAACAAUCCUUGUGUCUUCAAGAAAGACUAGAUGAGUUGGAGGAUGAAUUGGAGAAGGUCGAAGAAGAGAAAUUUGGUACCAAAGUUGCAGUCAGAAAGCAAGAACGCGCAAUUCGAGACUCAACUCUUCGUUCUUCGCUGCUAGCGUCCUAUCACAGCCUCAAAAAUUCCACCUCGAAGCAAUCGGAGACACAGCUGCGAAUCGAGAACGACGAUUUCCGCCACACACAAACAAGAACGGAUCGUUCAACACGAGCACAAGGCGCUUCGGAUCGGCUAGGAAGCCGGCCAUACCGAGUAGCUCCAAUGGAUGAGAGGCGGCAGGCUCCAAGUCUUCGAUCGCAGGCUGAGUCGGACGUCGAAAGUGGCCGGGUUCAAGUGUCACAGGCCUCAUCACCAUUGUCUUUUAUGGCUUCUUCCUCCACGCGAAAUGUCGGCGGCUCUAUACCAUCAGCAGCCUACAGAGCUGCCGAAAUACCAACGAGAACUGCAAAUAUGCCGCCGGAAUAUCGUUCAGGAGCUCCAGUAGCUAACCUCGGUAUACAUGAAGUAAUCGAUCUUGGUGACAGAGAUGGCGGCUCGGACGACUCAGCCGAUCUGGAAGGAGAGCACGAUCCUGAUUACUCUCAGUCCUCAAACGAGGACCAUCGCUAUUCUUUUCUAGAAAUUAGUGGCCGGCGGAACUAUUUGCCCAAGUAUCCGCAUGUUGUUUGCCUCCACGACGGAAGCUGGAUCGAGCUUGCAUGCGGCACCUGCGGCAGGAAUUGCUUCGGGCCAGACUUCAUAAAAGGGCUGAAAGGUUUUCUACGCCAUCUCCAAGGCCAUGGGAUUACAACGCAUCUAGACUACUCUGAUGUAAUCUCGCGUUGCAAGGUGCGGGACCUCUCGGGAGCCCAGGUUGAGGCACUGGAAUUGGGCCUACCCGGCGCCCCUGAGAUGAAGAUGAGAGAUCCGACCUACCUACAAAUCGAAAAGCCGAAGAUUACUAGAGUGCAGGCCCCGGUGGACGAUUUCCCAGAGUUGCCAACUGUCGUCAGGUGCUCCGACGGCAACUAUGUUGAACUCAGAUGCAAACUUUGCAAUGCGAAUAGUUGGGUCAAGCACCGAACACCAUACACGCUUCGUCCAUACAGAAAAUGGGUAGGUUUCCGGCAACACCUCCGACAGACUCAUAAAGAGGAAUGGCACGAGAAGAAAGAUGCUGUGGGACGAGACGGGACAGCGCAUGAUACCAUUCUCUCCUUAUGUAUCCAGAAGAUCUUGACCAAUAAUCAACUACAGGCUAUCAGGCAGCAUGGGGCGAGCGCUUACAAGGUCAAGCUCAAUCCAACCCAAGGCCCGAAGCGACAGAGAGAACCGAGCAUUACCUCUACAAGCACCAACGACAACCCUGACGAUUCGGGAGAUGAGGACACCACCCGCUCAACAGACGACGAUGAUGAUAGCGUGAUUACGUCGCGCGAGUUACCUCGUACUCGCAAUCGCGACCGCAAACGACCCUGCCCGGACAAUGAGAUCGUGAGCGCUCCGCAUAGGUAA